AUCAAAAGUUUCUAUCUCCUCCCGUGGUUGAGUUUAGAAGUUGAGGGCUGGGGGCUUUAGGAUUUAGGGUUUAAUGCAUUGUGGAUUUCCAAUCGUUCAUCUCUCGGCCUGUACUCAGUUUGGUUUUGAUGCUUCACGAGGACUCGGCUUGGUUAUUCGUUUAGAUGAACGCUGAGAAACUUCGCUACUUCGCGAUCAGCGGUUUUAAAAGUGCAGUAGAAACCAGAGAACUAGAGGAUGGAGAAGCAUUCUGAGGUGCAAACUAAUAGAGACCUCUUGCUGCUGGAGCGCGAGAGUAAUCCUUUAGAGAACCGGUUGCGCGUUGUUCAACAAUCAUCUGGCGAUGCCAAGCCUAGGAUGCCCACGACAAGCGUGCCAGAAAGCAGCGUGAUUGGUCGCCUGAAGGCCUUUCUUCCUGUGAUGCAAGAAGCUAAUGAAAAGCUCUUCUCUGGCAUUGAGGAGAAAGGACGUGAAGAAUUCGAUAUUGAAGUCGUAGAUGAAGAUGACACCAAGCCUCAAAUAUUGAUGGACUUGGCCUUGGGAAUUGCCGAUCUCAACACUCCCGAAGCUAUAGCGGCUGCCGAGAGAGCUGCUGCAGGCCAAGUUCACAUCAGUAGCCAAUUAACAGAUACUCCAGAUGAUAGUAGCGACGAUGAUAUGGAAUCAGACCAUGUAGCUCACGCUGCAGCACCAAGUCAUAGGCCAAAAUCCAGCAAAGCGAAAAUCGUCGAGAAAUGAUUGUUUUGACUGGUCCAAACCUUCUCUCUUUAUGCAAUGGUCGCUCGGACCUUAUUAAUUUACUCCCUACGUCAGGAACCAGGAAAACAGGACAUCCUGAAUGUCAAUACUGGGUAUACGGCAUGAUUUGCGCAUGACACGAAGUGUACUGUGUGAAUGUCUCACUGCAAACUGAUGCAAAUAAAUUUCGUUAAUGUCCACACGGCUGUAGCAA